AUGGCAAUGCGUUACAGCGCACGCGACGGCACGACGAUCCCUCCACUGUUUGGCACGAGUGGUCCACUCAACUUCAGCAACGGACAUCAGACGACUUUGAACCACGCUGUACUCAACACACCUCUCUUUCAGGCAGCCACACCCGUCGAUCUGAACAAGAAAGACUCUGUCCUUACCCUACGAAUCCACAGCAACACCCACGAUGUGAAUGGCCAGCCCAUCUUCUCACUCCUCCGCAUCCGUCGCGACCAAGCCUUCGGACCAUGUCUCGACGCAUAUUGUGCCACUCGUGGCAAGGAAUACGGCGUUCACUGGAUGUUCAUCUACCGCCACCCAGCCGCCACCCACCAGAACCCCGAGCAGGAGAAGCAAAUCACUUUGACGUGGGACCUGACUCCAAACGAUGUCAGGGACGCGGAUUUUCCUGACGCGAACAUGCAAGACCUAGAUACCAUCUACGUUAUGCAGGCGAAGCCCUUCACAUCAGACGAGACCAACAGGGUCCUGGACGAAGGCGGUGCCGUACAAUCUCCCGGACCCCAGGUAUCGUACGAGAUAGUAGACAUAACCGCGGGCGAGACGACUGUAUUCCAGAACCCACACGUAAGCCACCAGUGGUACCGCGCCGUAGAGCAAGACUCGACGCGCCUCCACGCCACGCACAGCACCAUGAAAUCCACCAUCAUCAAAGCGCAGCACGAGAUCUUCGCAAAGAACAAGAUGAUCACACAGCAGAACCACGUCAUUAGCCAACUUAGCUCUUUGAGCGCCCAACUGCGCAAGCGUAUGCAACUCCCGCCCCCACUCCCCAGCUCCACUGCACAAGCACCCUCAAGUCACGUCGUGCGCCAGCGACCCAACCCACACCACCACCAGCCGGCGCAGCGCAACUCCACUCUGGAUUCCACCGCGUUCGUGGCAAAGUGCGAGGCAGUCCGAGACCAGCACGACCAAGCUGCGCCGCGCCGCGAGCCACUGCAGUUCCCGCGCAGCUCGGACGAGUUCGCCGGUAGCGGUUACUCUCACCGGGGCGACGGCGACGCUGAGUACAAUGCCCACGCUCCGUAUCAAGGACGUGUAUACGACGCAGCGGACAAGGUGGUGGGUGAGAGCGGCGUCGAGGAGAUGGAUCAGGAGUAG